AUGCAUUUGCAUGCGUCCACUGGAAACGAAGUGAUAAUAUCAGCACUGAGCGCUAAACGAAUUGUAACACUGAAUCGACCUCGUGCUUUGAAUGCUCUUAAUUUGUCGAUGGUGCGGAGUAUGUAUCCCAGUUUUAAGUUCGGUAGUGAUGGUUUUCAGUGUAUACGUUUGAUUAAAAGACCAGUCAGAAAGGUGGUGCAGCGAUGUCCGAGUGGUUAA